CUCCUGUCCAACGAGAGCAAUCCCCAACUAGCAGCAGAGAGGGACUGGAGGGAGAGAGGUCCGCUCCCCGCUCUUCCCCGUUCUCUUCAAGCGCUCGCCGGAAGCACCUCGGGGCUUUGAACGGAGCCGGAGCAGCAGGUCCCCAUGGCGACCAUCCAUGACCAGCACGCGGCUGCCGCUCCGCAGCCGGCCAACAGAGGUGCCGCAGGCCCGGCAGGGAAGCAGAAAGGCGCCGCCGCCUAUGGCCGCGUUGCGGGAGGAAACAGGCGGGUGCUCGGGGACAUCGGCAACGUCGUCCACGCCAACGUCCUCGACGGCAAGAUCGAGCUGCCGGCGGGGAUCAAUCGGCCAAUCACCCGGAGCUUCGGCGCUCAGCUCUUGAAGAAUGCCGAGCCAUCUAAGAACGGCCUAGCUGUUCCUCCAGCAGCGCGGGCCGCCCUGAAGCCGGUUGCCAGGAAGGUCCCUGUCAAGCCCGCCGCACCUCGCCCUGAGCCGGCGGCCAAGAUCGUCACCGCCUCCGACGAAAACAGGAAGCCGUCCGAGGGCGGCGCCCCCAAGAUCUCCAGGAAGAAGGCCGUACACACCCUCACGACUGUGCUCAACCAUCGCUCCAAGGAGGCCUGCGUCCAUGACAUCGACAAGCUUGACAGCGACAAUGAGCUCGCCGUCGUCGACUACAUCGACGACAUCUACAAGUAUUACAAGGUCGCCCAGCACGAGUGCCGGCCCAUCGAUUACAUGGGGAGCCAGCCCGAGAUCAGCCCCAAGAUGAGGGCCAUUUUGACGGACUGGCUUGUGGAAGUAACCCAUAAGUUUGAGCUUAUGCCCGAGAGCCUAUACCUCACAAUGUACGCCAUCGACAGGUUCCUCUCCUUGCAGGCGGUGCCACGGCGGGAGCUGCAGCUCGUCGGCAUGGCGGCCAUGCUCAUCGCCUGCAAAUAUGAAGAGAUCUGGGCGCCCGAGGUAAACGAUUUCAUUUCCAUCGCGGACAACGCAUACUCGAGGCAGCAGGUCCUGUCCAUGGAGAAGAACAUGCUCAACAGCAUGGAGUGGAACCUCACUGUGCCCACCCCGUACGUCUUCCUGGUGCGGUUCGCCAAGGCCGCCGGGAGCGACAAGGAGCUUGAAGAAAUGAUUUUCUUCUUCGCCGAGAUGGCGCUCAUGGAGUACGGGCUGGUGACGGCGCGCCCCUCGCUGGUGGCUGCCUCUGCCGUCUAUGCCGCUCGGUGCACGCUGAAAAGAAGCCCCAUCUGGACAGAAACCCUCAAGCACCACACCGGACUCACGGAAGCGCAGCUCCUGGAGCCUGCCAGGGUGCUGGUCAUGGCUCACGCCACCGCUCCCGAGAGCAAGCUCAAGGCCAUCUACAGGAAGUACUCCAGCGAGCAGUACGGACGUGUGGCCCUCCGCCCCCCAGCAGUUGCCGCUCCUCAGCGUCUGGCCUAGUGGGAUUUAGUGGUCUGCUUUUAGGAUUUGCUGCCUGGCUCUUGAAGUCUUGAUCCAGAAAGCUUGGUUUACUAUCUGAUGAUACACCAGGGUGUACAACAGCCAAUAUAUUCAUUCAUAUGUUUGAAUCGACUUCAUUCAAAGUAUGAUUUGCUUGGCUUUCGAAUCAAGAGAGCUGGGUUGUACUUGCUCUGUAUGUUCAGAGUAUGUGAUGCGAUACACUAGACUAUUUGUUCUGUAUGUUCAGAGUAUGUUCAUUCAUAUGUUUGAAUCGACUUCAUUCAAAGUAUGAUUUGCUUGGCUUUCGAAUCAAGAGAGCUGGGUUGUACUUGCUCUGUAUGUUCAGAGUAUGUGAUGCGAUACACCAGACUAUUUGUUGUCUUCAGUGUAACGACAACAGUUCAUACUAGUUUGAAUCGAAUUCAGAAUAUUCCUUUUUA